UCGCAUUUGAUGUGAAUAUUCAGUUUGCUAUAGUUCAUUGUUCAGCAAGUCCGAAGCAAAUUUUGUAAUAAAAUUUGAUGCAAAUACGAUAAUCUUUAAUAGUGAUAAAACCGAACUCUGUAUUGGCUCAGGUGCAUGCUAAAGUAUAUAAAUAAAAUUUUUAAACCCUUAUGAAACUGUUAUAGUUUUUCAUAAAAACUCACGAUUUCAUCCUAAAAAGGUACAUUAUACAGAAUGCAAAGCGUAAUAAACUCAGUGAAGGGCACAGCUCUCAGUGUUGCCGAAUAUUUAACUCCUGUUUUAAAGGAGAGCAAGUUUAGAGAAACAGGGGUAUUGACACCAGAAGAAUUUGUUGCUGCUGGGGAACACCUGGUUCAUCAUUGCCCAACAUGGCAGUGGGCAGUAGGAGAUGUAGACAGAACUAAACCAUAUUUACCAAAGGAUAAACAAUUUUUGCUUACUCGUAAUGUCCCUUGUACUCGUAGAUGUAAACAGAUAGAAUAUUGCGAUGAUCUUGAACAAAUUAUAGAAACAGAUGGUGAUCCAGAAGGUGGUUGGGUUGACACACAUCAUUAUGGAGUAAAUGUUGGAGGAGUAGAAGAAAAAGUAUCAGAAAUGACACUUGGAGAAGCGCAACCAACUAAUUCAAAUGUUGUAAGUUCUUCAGCUGAUGAUGAUGACGAAGAUGAAGAAGCUGCUGAUAUGGAAGCUUUUGAAGUCAGUGGAAUGCUUGAUGAACGAGAUAAGUAUACAACAGAAUCAGUGAAACCCAAUAAAGAUAAAAAAGAAGCCUUCUCUGAAGGUGAAAUUAUUAAAACUCGCACUUAUGAUUUACAUAUAACUUAUGAUAAAUACUAUCAAACGCCUAGGCUUUGGUUAUUUGGAUAUGAUGAGAAUAGGAAACCAUUGAAUGUUGAAGAAAUGUAUGAAGAUGUAAGUCAAGACCAUGCAAAAAAAACAGUUACUAUGGAAACUCAUCCUCACAUGCCUGGCCCUCCUAUGGCAUCAGUACAUCCUUGCAGGCAUGCUGAAGUUAUGAAAAAAAUAAUUGAAACCGUGAUGGAAGGUGGAAGAGAACUAGGUGUUCAUAUGUAUCUUAUAAUAUUUUUAAAGUUUGUUCAAUCAGUGAUUCCUACAAUUGAAUAUGACUAUACUCAAAAUGUUACUUUGACUAGCUAGAGCAAAAUCAAACUUGUAUAAUUUUUCCACAAUAAUUUUAGAACGAUUUUCAUUAUAUUAUGCCCCAUAGUCUUCUACAAUUUAUCAAUUAAAAAUUCUUAUAAGAGAUUUAUAUAUUUAAGCUUGUGGUAGAUGAACUACAGUGUACCUACUUUUAAUCCAAAAUAAUGAAUACCUGAUAUGGAAGAGUGAAAUGCUGGUAUGAAUAUAUUAUAGUUAAUUACAUGUAUAAAACAAUGGGGUUGCUUUGCAAAUGUCUGGCUCAUUAUAAGACUUCUGUGUUUGUCUUUAUUCCUAAUAUGAUCUGAAAAUUGAAAGUAAAAUUUUUUUAAUGAAGAGCAUGGUCUCAACUGUCAAGCUAUUUGAAAAUAAUAAUUUGCACAAUUAAAAUUACAGUUAUGUAAUCAUAGUCAUUUUUCCAUCUUUGAACAAUUUUUAUUUUUCAUUUUUUUAUUUGUACAAAACUCUUAAAUAUAUAAGUUAUGUAAACAAUUCAUUGAUAUAAAAUGUUUAUAUAUUUGGUUAGGAUAAUUAGUACAUGUUAUACAUAAUCAUGA